AUGCAAACCAUUAGCCGAGAAGAGAGGAAAGUGAAGUUAUAUAAUGUAGCUGUAAUAGGUGAUCAUGGGGUCGGAAAGACGCACCUUCUAUAUCGAGCGGUGUACGGCACAUCUCCCUUUUAUGAUCCUACAUCAGACGACUUAUUCCGAAAGUUGAUCGAUGACGACCAGCGGCUAUGCAUGUUAGAUCUUUUUGAGCUAGGCAGUGCAUUAGAAAGCUACCCAUGUCUGUGGGAUCAGGUAAUCAGGCAGGCAGACGGUUUUAUCCUCGUAUAUAGCGUCACCUCUCAGCCAUCCCUCAAACGAGCAACGGAGUUGGCCCGAAUCGUCUCUGUGGUCCCGGAAUCAGCAGGGCCUACCAGUUCCUCCACUUUGUCAAAACCCAUCCUGCUGGUAGCAAAUAAGAGUGACCAUGCAGCAAAGUCUGAGCGCUUCCCAUUCCAACGCUUUCCUUUCCCUAUGCCACCAGUUAUAGCUCGUUCGAGCCAUUCAAGAAUCUCUGUGAUAUCACACAGAAUUCAACAUGGCCCAUCUAAUGUUGCUGCAUCGUGCAAUGUAUCCCAUUGCUACUUCUCUUCGCUACCAGAUGAGCUAUUGGUCAUGAUAUUCGAGUACUUGGAACCAAUACCUGCGCUUUCUCUGGCUUUUACAUGUCGCCUUUUCUACUCCAUCUGGUACGGGACAAUUAGGAACGAACAGUUGUUAGAAUCUAUGAAGCAGGAAUUUUUACACGCGAGGGAAGAAGCCGUCUUGGUGGACAAGGGUGCAACAUUAGCAAAGGAGCUCAAGUGUCAUUUCAUUGAAUCCUCAGCCAUGCUUGGCAUCAAUAGUGACAAAGUCCUCCAGGACAUGGCCCGGAUAUUGAGAGGCCACUUAACGCAAGAGGAAUUUAGCCAACUAGAAAGUCCGUCGGCCUGCUCUCAUAACUGGUUGUGGAUAUUCAUUGCAAAAAAUUCGGGUAGAAUAGGCAGACAGCUGCGACUAGCUUUCUGUUUUGGACAUUGA